GACGAAAUUUCCGAUAAGCUUAUGGUAACUGCUCCACCUCUCUCCAAUAUUUUUUCUUGUCCAAAUCCUUUUGUCUCUUUCUUUUUACCUCUUUCCUUGCAAAGAGCUUCUCUUCAGUGGUUAAAUAAGAAAGUGAAUAUUUUCUCUCAAACAUCUCUCUCUCUCUCUUUCAAACUUUCAAACACAUUCUUAAUUUCCUCCUCGUCUCUCUUGAACUACACACAGUUUCUCUUCUCUUGCUGAAAACCAGUUUAAACAAAUCUGUCUGAAUAAUUCUUGGUUGUUUUUUAUUUUGAAAUUUAAAAUUUUAUAAAGAUAAGGUAAAAAAAAAAAAAAAAAUGAGGCAAAUUGUUAUUACAGCAAUUGUUUUACUACAAGCUUCUGUUCUUCUUCACAAAUCCACAUGUGAUGUUGUGUUCCUCAACACACAAGAAGAAUCUCUUGCUCCUCAGCCUUCUUCUGCUCCUUUCACUCCUUCCUUAUCUCCUGGAUAUCGACAGGGAGAGCAUAAACAACCUAGUGACAAAAUGAGACUGGUGAUUUCACUUGGAGCUUCUUUUUCCUUAGUUGCAAUCAUCUUAGUUUGCUCUCUUUGGGUUUUCCAUAGAAGAAGAAACCUCAAGAACUCAGGCUGCGAGUGCGGUUUCUCACGGUUCUUGAAUCGCUCAAAAACACUGGACAAGAGAUAUACAAAGCAGGGAGUAGCGCCUUUGAUUGAUUACAGUACGAUAGAAAAGGGAACUAAUGGUUUCAACGAGAGUAACAUAUUGGGUCGAGGCGGAUUUGGAUGCGUUUAUUUAGCUACACUAGACAACAACGUUCAAGCCGCCGUUAAGAAGCUAGACUGUGACAAUGACGAAGCAGCAAAAGAGUUUAAGUGUGAGGUUGAGAUAUUGAGUAAGAUCCAGCACCCGAAUAUAAUCUCCUUAUUGGGUUAUAGCACCAAUGAUACUGCAAGAUUCAUCGUCUAUGAGCUGAUGCCGAAUGUAUCUCUAGAAUCUCACUUGCACGGAUCUUCUAGAGGUUCGUCCAUCACAAUCACAUGGCCUAUGAGGAUGAAGAUUGCUCUUGACAUAGCGAGGGGACUAGAGUAUUUACAUGAACGUUGCCGUCCAGCGAUCAUUCACAGGGACUUGAAAUCUUCCAACAUAUUAUUGGAUUGUAAUUUCAACGCUAAGAUUUCAGAUUUUGGUCUUGCUGUUGUGAAUGGACCAAAGAAGAAGAACCUUAAACUCUCAGGAACAGUUGGCUACGUUGCACCAGAGUAUCUUCUCGACGGCCAGUUGACAGAGAAGAGUGACGUGUAUGCUUUUGGAGUAGUGUUAUUAGAGCUUUUACUUGGGAAAAAACCUGUUGAGAAGAUAGGUCCUGGUGAAUGUGAAUCCAUCAUCACUUGGGCAAUGCCUUAUCUCACUGAUAGAACCAAGUUACCAAACGUCAUAGAUCCUGCUAUUAAAGACACUAUGGACUUGAAACAUCUUUACCAGGUAGCAGCAGUGGCGGUUUUGUGCGUGCAGCCAGAACCUAGUUAUAGACCGUUGAUUACAGACGUGUUGCAUUCUCUUAUACCUUUGGUUACCAUGGAACUUGGUGGAACUUUGAAAACCAUCAGAAGAUCUGCUUCCAUGGAUCACUCUUAGUACCGGUUAUUUUUUAAUCGGUUUAAGAUUGACCCGUUAGGUGGUUUUGAUGUGUAUAUAUUGGGUUGGAAAGUUCUUGACCGGAACAUCGUAGUAACAGAGUUUUUCUUUCAUCUUUUGCGUCCUUCCAAACAAAAAUUAUUUCCGUUCACUGUUGUCUGUUGAACUCAAUUGUCAUGUAAAUGAGAGACUUCUUUUUCAGGUUAAAAAAUUGAGAAUAAUUUACAUAAUUAUUUUCAGUUAUGCUCCGUA